CACUUGAGCCACUCCAACAGUCCUCUGACCCAGUGUUUUAAGUGUUUGAUAUUUUAAACAGUAUAACCAAGCACUUGUUUAUUCUCAGUUCCCCACCCUCCUGAAUGGUGUUUUUAAUCUCCAUACUUAGAUGGUAAGCUCUUUUAUGGCAGAGGAUUGCACAUUUUUGGUUCAGUCUCUCAUCCCUUGUGAUAAUUAUUCAGUAAAACUCGGCCAGUUUGACUUCUCUGUAGCCCAUGCUCCUGUGUGAAAACCUGCAUUUAUUAAGCACUUUAAAUGAACUAUUAUUAAGGAGCCAUAUGGAAAGAGAGAGCCGUGAAUGCUUUUAGCAUUCACCUUCUUGUGGUUGAAGGUCUGGUAACAAUCCUUAAAAACUUCUACAUUGUGAAGUAACCUCUAGACUUUGUUAGUUUCAAGCUGAGAGUGUGUUGAGACAGGAAGAAGAAUAAGUAAAGUUUUGGUAUUUAAUGUUGAAGUGACUUUAACAUCAGGUUUAAAAUAGGCUACUUUUCAUUCAUAGCUGAGUGUUAAUUAAAGAAUGGAAUAAUUUUGCUUGUAGCAAAUGAUAAUCUUUGUGUAAUUAACUUUUGUCUUCCAUGUCAAAAUAUUCUUUAAUUGAAAAAAAAACCCUUGCCCUUUUUUUCACAGGACUUCCGGAUCCAUUUGCUAAGGUGGUGGUCGAUGGAUCUGGCCAAUGUCAUUCUACAGAUACUGUGAAGAAUACACUUGAUCCAAAGUGGAAUCAGCAUUAUGACCUGUAUAUUGGAAAGUCUGAUUCAGUUACAAUCAGUGUAUGGAAUCACAAGAAGAUCCAUAAAAAACAAGGUGCUGGAUUUCUUGGUUGUGUUCGUCUUCUUUCCAAUGCCAUCAACCGCCUCAAAGACACUGGUUAUCAGAGGUUGGAUCUAUGCAAACUGGGGCCAAAUGACAAUGAUACAGUGAGAGGACAGAUAGUAGGUAAGUGUGAAAUGUAAAGUUGUGUGAAUUUUGGCCUCAUUCAACUGCCCUAAGGUCUAGAUACCUUUUAAAUGGAAAUGUCACUAUGGCUUCAUCAUAUUUUGCAUGAAUUAAGUCUGAGUCAUGUAGAAUGCUAAAAACAGUGGGCCCAUGAUACAUACAGGUUAACUUAGUUAAUGAAAAAAAAUAAUACAGCAAUAGCAACAACAACAACAAAAAGCUUAAAAAAAAAAGUAGCAGCUCCUAGUAUAAAGAAUUAUUGAUCCUUUAGGAAGGAAUUGUUUCAAAAUAUUCAGCUAUAGUAGGACACUGAGGAAGAUAGACUUUAGUUUAAGAAAAAUUUUCUUAAACUAAUAAGAGACUGUUCUGCCCAAUUCAGUAUUUAAAUGCUUUGUUUUAUGUUUAGUGCAUUAUAGUUUUAUAAGUCUAUGCUAAGUGAAAAAAAUAGGGCAAUGACAGUGUAACACUAACUGGAAGAAAGGGAGAAAUUGUUACUUUACUCCUAAGGUUCUCAGUGGAAAUGGCCGCAUAGGCCAUUGAAUUGACCUAGAGGGAGGAGUUUGAUAAAAAAUUUCUCCAGACUUGUCUUAAGAAUUGAUGGGUUGAGAUUUGAUCAAUCUGAUCAGUGUGGUAGGACACUGAAAAAGGCAUCUUUGAGACUUCUUACAGAAAAGAAAAAUACAUUUGGAAUCUUCCCACUUUGUGAUAGAGCAAAAUUUUGACUAGAAUGAUUUCAUUGUGAAUCUGUUAGAAAGCUUUUAGUUUCCAAAGGUACUUGGAAGACUUCAUUUUACAAUAAAUCGUGUUCAUAGUUGGGGAACUGCCAGAGGAGUCCCAUAAC